GAGAGAGAGAGAGAGAGAGUUUUUGCUUUUAGUAAAUUUUGUCUACUAGUCUCGGUGCGAAUGUUGGAAGCAUGGAAGCAGAUCAGAGGCCGAGAAUGGCGGCAACCCAUCCCUCUAUUCUAUCAUAAAAACCCCACCACCAUUUAUUUUUUAUAUUCACAGAUCCCACCCACCAAAUUUAUCUUCACGUACUCGUUUGGUAGAAAAGAAAAGAAAAGAAAAUAAAAGAAAGUCCCCAGAGCUGACCCAGAUUGAGACAGUGGGUUUUACUUUGAUUUUUAUAUUAUGAGUGCAGUCACCAGCUUGGAUGGGUUUCGAGUUUCCGACAAGCCAGCCAAACGAGCCUUUAACAGUGAUGCAGAAGGAGGAGAUAAAGGAGGAAGACGAAGUAUUGAUUUUCCUGUGAAGCUGCAGCGUACUGAAUCAUUCCCUUGUAAGAUGGCGAUGGCUUACCAUGCUUAUAAUAAUAACAAUAACAGCAGUAAUCACCACCGUUCAUUUUCAUCACACGGUGAUGAUCAUGAUCGUGAUGGAGAUGGUGAUGGUGGGGGUCCCACUUGUACCACCACCACCACCACCAGGUCAAGUGCGAGCUUUAAUAGCGCUGUUCCUGUUGGAGGAAAUAGUGGAGGUGGUGCGGCAGCAAGCAAUAAUCCGCCAUUGCAGCCUUUUGACAUUUCACCGAAUAAAACUCUCGCUGCUUCGUCUCACGCCAUCUUCAAAUCCCCAGGUGGAACAGAAGGAAUCAUGGCGGCAGCAUCUUUGGGGUUUCCUUUUACAAAUGCUCAGUGGAACGAGCUAGAGAGACAAGCAAUGAUUUAUAAGUAUAUGAUGGCCUCUGUUCCUGUUCCACCUGAUCUUCUCUUCUCCAUAACCAGACCUCCUCCCACUGUCUCUCCUUCUCCUCCAUUGGGUAGUGGUUUGAAUUUGAGAUUCUCCAGUUCCGGUGAUCCGGAGCCGGGGAGAUGUCGUCGGACAGAUGGGAAAAAAUGGCGGUGUUCAAGAGAUGUGGCGCCUGAUCAGAAGUACUGUGAGCGUCAUAUGCACAGAGGCCGUCCCCGUUCAAGAAAGCCUGUGGAACUUGCUGCUGCUAAUUUCAACAACAAGAAGACCCGCCAUUGUCAUCUUCUUCAACCUUCGUCUGCUGUCACCCUCGCUAUCAAGGAAAAUGGUUCUUCGUCUUCUUCGACUCAGUUUCUCGGGACUCUUGCUCAGCCAUUCCAUAACCAAACCUCUCAGUUUCUGGACAAACCCGCUGAAAAAGCAUCAAACUUUGAUUCUUCUCACAGAAGUUGGGAUUGGAUGAUGAAUAACCAACCUAUGCCGAUCACCGCGCCGACUGAUCAUAGUAAUCAGUGGCACAACCUGGUGUCGGAGCAGACCAGACUAGGAAUUAACGGUGAUAGUCUCUUUACCGGUUGUCAGGGUUCUUCUCCGGCCACCAGAAGUUACCACGACGAGCCUCUGAAUCGCAACUCAUUCGCCAAACUCGUUUACCGAUCAGAAGAUCAAGUGAUCAACGACAGUUCGUUGUUAAUCAACGCGUAUACUCCGAGAGGUUUCAUUGAUGCAUGGUCUGAUGAGCCACGCACCGCCUGCAAAAUCUCUGGUUCCUCCCAUGGAAAGCUUCCUCUCUCCUCGCUGAGUUUAACAAUGGGAGGAGCCAACGACUCCAUUGAUGGAGAAAUGGGUCGGAUCCAAAUGAGUUUGGGUGUCACAGAGUUACGUGAAGAUCAUGAAUGUAAUGUCAACAAACCUCAUCUAUCAACCUGGCUUGCACCUGUUUGGGCACAGUCUUCUUCCACCCCAGGAGGGCCUCUGGCAGAGGUUCUUCGGUCGAGCACUACCGCCUCAAAUCCACAAUCACCGAUCACCAGAAAUGGAGAUGCAAGCAGUCCCCGGCCCAGUUCCAUGUCUUCCCCAUCUGGGGUUUUGCAGAGAACGCUUGCUUCAGUUUCUGAUAGCAGUGGAUGUAGCAGCCCUAAUCUUGGAAGCUCCAUAGUCAAACCUGAAAUUGCUUUGCCAUGGUUGAAUCAAGACAAAAAUGCUUCAACUCCAUGAACAAGAAUUGACUUUGUAGUUGUUAUUUCUGAAUGUUUUUUUCUUUUUUCAAAUUGGGUCCAAGUCUUUUUCAUGGUUUUAGAUUUGCUGCUUCGGUUGAAACAUCAAAGCUUACUGAUCUAA